AUGUCCUCAACAUCCACCCCACCCUUCCACCGCCUCCUCUCCUUCUACUCCAACCGCUCCCCCCACCCCGACACCCAAACCAUCCGCCUCUACGACUCCUUGACCGGCAAUCUGGCACUCGGUCUCGACUUCCCCGCCGCGCUGGCGAUCGCUCUCGGUCGCCACCUCUUCUUAUCUAAUACCGGAUUCUUCAGCCUGAACAUCCACGUCCCGUCCGUUAAGACUCAUAAGACACUGCUGGACGGGCUGGAGGUGGAUGAGAAGCGCUCCUACACCGCUUCUGAGAUGUGGGGGAUAGCAGCGCCGAACGGGCUACAAGGCCGUCUUGACGCUGUUGGGCUAUGGGCUUUGGCUGCGGAUACCAAGACGGGGCGUCUGAGCGGCGAGGACGUUCGGUCUUUUCAAGAGGGAAGGGUACUGGGGGUGCUGGAGGAAAGGCGGAAGGGGAGGGGACAGGUUCUGCCGCUGUGGAGGGGAGGGCCGAUUAGUGUGGUGGGGCAUUCGGAGGAGGUUAAGGAGGAUUGA